AUGCCUUUAAGGUUGGAUAUUAAAAAGAAGUUACAGACUUCAAGUGAGAGAGUAAAGAGUAUAGAUUUCCAUACUUCUGAACCAUGGAUUCUCUCAGGAUUAUACAACGGUACAAUUACAGUACAUGAUUAUGAGACACAGAGUCUACUAAAAUCUUUAGAGGUAUCAGAGUACCCAAUAAGAUGUGCUAUAUUUGUAUGUAGGAAGCAAUGGAUAAUAACAUGUGGUGAUGAUUUACAAGUGAGAGUUUACAAUUAUAAUACAAUGAACAAAAUUACAAGUUUUGAAGCUCAUAGUGAUUUUAUUCGUCAUAUUAUGGUUCACAAUAAGCUUCCUUUAUUAUUAACAUGUUCAGAUGAUAUGACAAUCAAGGUUUGGGAUUGGGAUAGAGAUUGGGUUAAAGCCCAAACAUUCCAAGGAAAUUCUCAUUAUGUGAUGAUGAUACAAUGGAAUCCAAAAGAUACCCAUGUUUUUGCUUCGGUUUCUUUGGAUAGAACUGUUCGAAUUUGGGGUUUACAACCCAAUAUAUGCUCUUUAGUGAAUAAUACUGUUAAUACUCCCAAGUAUAGUUUAACAGGACAUGAUGGAGGAAUUAAUUGUUUGGCCUAUUCUCCUUCAGCUGAAAAACCUUACAUAGCAACGGGAAGUGAUGACAAAACCGUUCGAGUUUGGGACUACCAGACUAAACAAUGCAUUCAAGUUCUUACUGGUCAUUCAAAAGCAGUUAGAUCUGUUAUUUAUCAUAGUCAACUUCCUCUCAUUCUUUCUUCUAGUGAGGAUGGCACAAUCAAAAUUUGGCAUUCUGCAACAUAUAGAUUGGAAUGUACUUUAAAUUAUAUGUUGGACAGAUGUUGGUGUUUAUCUGCUUGUGAAAAUAUUCUUGGAAUUGGUUAUGAUGAGGGUUCUGUUGUUGUUAAAAUUGGAUCUGAACAACCUCUUGCUACUUUGAAUAGUGGUAAAAUUCUUAUAGCAAAAGGUACUGAAAUAUGCCAGGCAAAUCUUAGAGCACUUGCAUCCAAAUCUUCUUCAGGAACUGAAUGGGAUUUUGAAUUUGAUGAUGGUGAAAGGGUUAUAUUGCCUUAUAAAGAACUUGGAUGCAGUGAGAUAUAUCCUCAGGAUAUUCAGUUUCAUCCAAAUGGUAGAUUUCUUUCGAUAUGUGGAGAUGGAGAGUUUGUUAUUUAUACUACUCAAGCUCUCAGAAGUAAAUGUUUUGGAAAAGCUAUAGAACUUUCAUGGUCCAUUGAUGGUCAUUUCUUUGCGAUCCGAGAAAAUGGAGGUAGGAUUGUUAUAUACAACAAUUUUAAAGAAUGCUUUUCAUUUCUUCCAAGCUUCUUUGUAGAUGAGAUUUUUGGAGGCCAGCUAUUAGGUAUCAAAUCUAAUGACUUUAUCUGUUUCUAUGAAUGGAAUGAAUGCCGCCUCAUAAGAAGAAUUGAUGUUUCAUCUCCUAUUAACAAUGUAUAUUGGGAUGAUAUUGGUAAUUAUGUCUGUAUUACAUGCUCUGAUACAUUUUAUAUACUUAAAUAUAACAAAAAACAAGUUGAAGAGGUCUUGUCUACACCUAUUUAUACUUCUAAUGAUUAUACCGGUACUAUGAAUAAUAUUGUGCAUGUGGACAAUAAUGACGGUAUAGAAAUAUCAUUUGAUUUUGUAUCAGAGAUUAAUGAUAAAGUAGAGAGUGGUGUCUGGAUAUCUACAUGUUUUGUUUAUGUUACAUCUCAGAUGCGAUUACAGAUAUGGAUGAAUGGUUUUAUUGAUUUGGUUGCAUAUCUCCCAGAAAAGACAAUGUAUCAUAUAUUGGGUUAUGUGAAGGAGAUCCAGAGGAUCAUGUUAAUGAGUAAAGAUUUUAAUUGUGUUAGUUAUUCAUUGGAUUUAAAUUACAUAGAAUAUCAGUCUUGCAUUAUUAAUAAAGAUUUUGAUACAGCUGAGAAUGUUUAUUGGGGUAGGAUACCAUCUAAUCUUCACACAAAAAUUGCAAGAUUCUUGGAAAUUCAAGGAUAUAAGGAAAAGGCUUUAUCUAUAACUGAUGAUCAAGACCAGAAAUUCGAUUUGGCUUUGGGUUUAGGAAAAUUGGAAUUAUGUAUUUCGAUUCUACAAGAAAUGCAACUAAAGGAUCAGGCUGAGAAUAAUAGUGUUACUAUGGAAUCCAUUAGUAAUGCUCAAGAUGAUAUUAAAAUGGGAGGAGGAUCUGCUGAAACAUUGGUAAAUAUUUCAAGUGUCAAUAGAAAGAGGUGGAAAGUUUUGGGAGAUAUAGCUUUAGAAAAAGGAAGGUUUUCAAUGGCAAUUGCCUGUUAUAGAGAAGUUCAAGAUUUGGAUUCUCUACUUUUAAUUUAUUCUUGUAUAGGGGAUAUUGAGGGAUUAAGGUAUGUGGCAAAGAUGGCAAGUAAACAAAAUUUAUGGAAUAUAGCAUUUAUAUGUCAUAAUCUACUUCAGGACAAGGAUUCCUGUAUUGAAGAUUUGAUUCAAUCAGACUUGAUACCUUAUGCAGCAAUGUUUGCUAGAUGUUAUUAUCCUUCUAAGUUAGAAGAGGUUGUUAACACGUGGAGAGAGUUUAAUAAGAAAGGGGAGCAACUCUUAGCAAGCCCUGAUGAGAAUUUGGAGUUAUUUCCCUUUCAUCAGGAGUCUCUUAAGUUAGAGUCACUACUUACUAAUCAGGAGUUGAUUAAUCGUCCUGUGGGGUCAUGGGACCAACUUUUCCAAGCUUUUAAUUCUGAUAUACUAGAAGAUUUUAAGAAUAAUGGUUUUAACUAUUUGAAGGACCAGAUCUGGGGAGGUGAUGAUAUUAAUUUGGAUGACUUAAAUAAUACGGUUGGCAAAAGUUUUCAAUUUGGGAAUCAGGAGGAAGCGGAAAUUGAUUCUAUUAAAGAAGCAGAAAGUCCAAAGUUUUGUCCUAUAGAUGAAGAAGAAGAUUUUUCUGCUUUUUCAUCUCCCAAAAUAUCGGAAUUUGGUGAAGGAGGAGAACAUGAGAUUGAAUCCGAAGUUAGAUAUGAUGAGAAUCUGCAAGUUAAGGCUCAGAGUCCUCUUCAAAAUAAGUCACAGACCGUCAACGAAGUUGAACAAGAACCACAACCAGAACAAAAGUAUCACAAGAAAGACCAAAAUAAACAAAACAGCCACAGAAGAAGUUCUGAGUUAAGCGUUGAAUCAUCUCCCGGAGCUCACCAAGGCCAUCAACACCACCGUGGUCGCCACAACCACUAUCACCACCACCAGAAUGAGGUUGAAGGUGAGAACAGGCAAAAAAGUGGCAGAAAAGGAAGCAGGUCACCAUCUUUAUCUCCCUCAUCUUCCCCACGCUUUAAACCAAGUGGUAGAGGAGGAGGGGGAGGAGGUGGAGGUGGAGGUGGAGGAAAAAGAACAGGGAAAAAGGAGCAGGAGGUGGGAGCAAACGCUGCCGAACCUUCUACCGGAUCUCCCAAACCUCCUUCCAGGCAUAAAAGAAAUAACGGAAAGAAACAGUCAAAGCCAAGGGAUUAA